AUGUGGUUGGUAGUGUUCUUGGUGUGCCUCCUGGUUUGGGCAGGGGGUACAUAUUGGUACCUGUUUGGCAAACCAAGUCCUUUCUCAUUGGAGUCAGUCAGACUUCCAGGAUCAUUAGAGCUUGACCAGAAGAUGAGAUACAAAGUUCUGAAGCAAGGCUUCAGCAGAGAGCGUGUGCCUGAGAAUCUGGAUGUGAUCGUGAUUGGCAGUGGGAUUGGUGGGAUGACAGCAGCUGCUACACUGGCCAAGCUGGGAAAGAGAGUACUUGUGCUGGAGCAGCAUGACCAGGCUGGAGGCUGCUGUCACACCUACGUAGAGAAAGGUUUUGAGUUUGAUGUCGGACUUCAUUAUAUUGGUCAGCUGCAUGAAAACAGCCUGUUUAAGAUUGUUUUGGACCAGAUCACUGAGGGGCAGCUGGAGUUUGUGAAGCUGGACAAGCACUUUGACACUAUCGUGAUUGGUACUGGAGAUGAACAUAGAAAAUACACCAUCUACACUGGAAAAACUGAAAUGGAGGAACAUCUGAAGAAACAGUUCCCUGAUGAUGUCAAAGCUGUAAAAGAGUUCUUCAAGAUCAUGAAGAUAUCAGCCAGGAAGACCCACUAUUUGGCUACAAUGAAGUUAAUUCCCCAGUGGGUGGCGCUGCUGCUGUUGAAGAGCGGCAUUGCUGACCUCUGCUCUCCCAUCUUCCGCCUUGUAGGCUCUAGUGCCACUACAGUGGCUAACAGUCUGACCACCAACAAGGACCUCCAAACUAUCUUCUCCUACUUCUUCUAUGGUGUUCCCCCCAAAGAGUCCAGCUGUGCAAUCAAUGCUUUGCUGCUGCACCAUUAUAAGCGUGGAGCAUACUACCCAAAAGGGGGCGCCAGUGAGAUCCCAUUCCAUAUCACUAAAGUAAUCCAGAAAUUUGGUGGGCAGGUGCUGGUCCGUGCUCCAGUAAAUCGUAUCCUGGUUGACAGCAAGGGAGUUGCAUAUGGUGUCACUGUGCAAAAGGAACAAGGGGAUGUCGAGGUGCGGGCGCCUGUUAUCAUCUCCAACUGUGGAAUAUUCAAUACCUUCCACAAACUUUUGCCUCCAGAGAUAUGUGCCAAACCUGCAAUUCAGAAGCGGCUGAGUAUGGUGAAGCCUGCACGAGGAUCUUUUUUAGUGUUCUCUGGUUUUGAGGCCACACAAGAAGAACUGGGCAUCAAUUCCACCAACCUCUGGCUCUAUAAGUCCAAUGAUAUGGAUGGCAUAAUGGACGAGUUCUUCAGUAUGGGUAAGGAUGAGGCUCCUGAUAACAUCCCUAUGAUGUUCAUCACCUUCCCCUCUACCAAAGACCCCACUUCAAAGAUUCGUCACCCAGGUAAAUCUUGCAUGACCAUUCUGACAAUGGUCCGUUAUGAAUGGUUUGAGGAAUGGAAGGACACCACUGUGAAAAAAAGAGGGGAUGACUACUUAGAAUACAAGAUGAGAUUUGCCAAACAUCUCUUUGAUUGGGCCUGUACUUAUUUCCCUAAACUGAGAGACAAGUUGGUAUUUCAGGACAUAGCCACUCCACUAACUAACACACACUACCUGGGGGCUUACCUUGGAGCCAUGUACUCAGCUGAGCACAACUUGGAGCGCUUCCAGGCUGAAGCCAUUGCUAGGAAUCGAUGUGAUACUCCUGUCAAAAAUCUCUUCAUUUCAGGCCAGGAUGUGUUCAGCUGCGGUAUCGCAGGUGCAGUACAUGGCGGGCUCCUUUGUGCAUCAACGGUGCUUGGACACAUCGUUUACAUUGACCUCUUGCUAAUUAAAAAGAAGCUGAAGAGGAAGAAGGCCAGAGAAAUGUUUCAAAGUGCCAAGAAAAUGCAGUGAGAUUACAUCACACCGCCCCACCUUAUCACAGCAAGAACAACGUUCCACCACACAUGCAGCUUUCCCACAUCAAAGCACAUCUCACUGCUAUAUGUAAUUAACUGCUAAUCAGUCUAAUCUGAUAUAAAAUAUAAUAUUUAGCUAUUCAAAAUCCACCUCAGAAAGAUUCUCUACACCUGCUCUUAUGAAAGAAUUUUGUUUAAUAAAUUCAUUGGUAUUGAAAUCUAUGUAAAGUUAUGUGUCUAUGCCCAACAUGAUCUUCGAAGUGACUUCACA